AUGUGUAAUGGUAAAAAAUUGAUGGAGGUGAAAUAUGACAAUUCAGAAGAAGUUAUGCGUUUUCCGACCGAUCCGGCAGAUUGGUCACGUACUGCAAGUUUUAUAAAAUUCUGUGCAGUACAUGGGGUAGAUCAAAAUAAUAAUGACAAUUUUAUUCAAUCGAAAAAUCAAUAUUCUGUAGGCAAGGUGAGAUUUUGUAACAAAACUAUGUUUUUUUCAAAAUUAUCAAAUGGUGAACAAAUUUCACGUGCAUGGCUUGUUUACUCUCAUAAAUUAGGAAAAGUUUUUUGUGCACCUUGUUGGUUAUUUAAAAAUGAAUCUUCUAAUUUAGCUUAUGAUGGUUUUAAUGAUUGGAAAAAUGCACAUAAGCGUCUUAAAGAACACGAAGGAUCGUUAAAUCACAAAACAUGUUUACUAAAAUUGAAAGAUUUAGGACAAGAACAAGGAAGAUUAGAUUCUAUGUUAUUGGUUCAAAUUAACCAUGAAAAAAUGUAUUGGAGAAGUGUUUUAGAGAGAGUAGUAUCUGUAAUUAAAACAUUAGCUUCACGCGGACUUCCAUUUCGGGGACAAGAAGAGAUUUUCGGAUCGCCUAAAAAUGGAAAUUACAUGAUGCUUCUUGAAUUUUUAUCAGAAUUUGACCCUUUCUUAGCACAACAUAUUUCGAAAUAUGGUAAUUCUGGUAGUGGUACUACAUCGUACUUAUCAUCAACAAUUUGUGAUGAAAUUAUUGUAUUAAUGGCCAAAAAAGUUAAGGAAGCUAUCAUAAAUGAGGUUAAAAGUCGUAAGUAUUAUUCGAUUGUCGUAGACUCUACACCAGAUAUAACACAUUCUGACCAACUUGCUUUUAUACUUCGCUAUGUCAGUGAUAAAGGUGUACCGACAGAACGAUUUUUAGAAUUUAUUCCAAAAGUUGGUCAUAAAUCUUUGGAAAUGGCUGAAACGGUCCUUAUGACAAUCGAAAAUUUAAAAUUAAAUAUAUCAGACUGUCGUGGACAAUCAUAUGAUACAGCUAAAAAUAUGUCAGGCGAACCUGAACCUAGCCACAUCUCUUCAGCAAAUGCUUUAAGGGUUGCUAAGUGCCGGGAAAUAAAAGCAAGACCUCUUAAUGAAGAUUUUUAUACUGCUUUAUCAAUGAUGAAAUAUUGA